AUGCCUCGGGGUCAGAAGAGUAAGCUUCGUGCCCGUGAAAAACGCCGCCAGGCUCGAGAACAGCCCAGUGGUCUGGUGGAAGCUCAGGCCACUGUAGCAGAGGAAGAAGAGUCCCCUUCCUCCCCAUCUCCUCAUUUCAAAGAUGUUCCCCAGAGCUCACCUGCCACUGGAGCACCCAGCAGUCUCCAAGUGUCUGGGAGAGUCCGUUCCGCCACCACUACUGCUGCAGCUGUUUCAAGCAUAAGAUUUAACGAAGGUGCUGACAAUCAAGGGGGGGAAAGGCCAAAAGCCUCCCAGGCAGGUACCACUCAGCACUGGCCCAGAGGCCCUAUUGACAAGAAGGUUGUUAUGUUGGUGCAUUACCUUCUGUACAAGUAUCAAAUGAAAGAGCCCGUUACCAAGGCGGAUAUGCUGAGAAAUGUAAUACAGAUGUACAAGAAUCACGUCUAUGAGAUCCUCAGGAAAGCCUCUGAGCAUCUGGAGCUGGUCUUUGGCCUUGACAUGAAGGAAGUGGAUCCCAACAGGAAUACUUAUGUCCUUGUCAAUAAACUGGAACUAAGCUAUGAUGCAAAGCCGAGUGAUGACAGAGAGGUUCCCAAGACUGGUGUGCUGAUGACUGUUCUGGGCGUGAUCUUCACGAAGGGCAACUGCGCCACUGAGGAGCAAGUCUGGGAAGUGCUGAAUAUAAUGGGGUUAUAUGCUGGGAGGAAUAACUUCAUCUGUGGGGAGCCCAAGAAGCUCAUCGCCAAAGAUUUAGUGCAGGAAAGGUACCUGGAGUACUGCCAGGUGGCCAACAGCGAUCCUCCACGCUAUGAGUUCCUGUGGGGCCCGAGAGCCCAUGCUGAAACCGGCAAGAUGAAAGUGCUGGAGGUUCUGGCCAAGAUCCAUGAUACGGUCCCCACUGCCUUCCCAUCCUGGUAUGAAGAGGCUUUGAGAGAUGAGGGAGAGAGAGCCCGAGCCAGGGCUGCAGCCAGGGCUCAUACUGCUGCCCUGGCCAGCGUGCACUCCAGGGCCAUAGCCAGCAGCUUUUCCUGCCCUGAGUGA